AUGCCAUCUUCUCUAAUUAAUACAAGUAUAGCUACAGUUGUUAUUGUAAUUGCAGCAAAUAAUCCAAUAACUGCAGCAAAUAAUCCAACAACUGCAGCAAAUAAUCCAACAACUACACCGAAUAAUUCAACAAGGGUAGAUGCUAACAAUGCUGCCGUUGGUAGUGGCGAUCUAAAUUAG